AUGGACGUCUCACUACACGCGCUUACAGAUUGCUACUGGGCUGUGCUGGCCGCUGCCGCCGUUGCGCGGCAGGUGUGCAAGGUGCUCGCGUGGCUGUUGCUGGGACCGCUGGUGGCGGUGUACGCGUACGACUUCUGCCUAUAUGUGCUGCGGCUGGCACGGUCGCUGGUGUUGCGCCCCCGAACCCGCGCGCUCUGCAAUCCGCGCUGGCUCAGGCGGCGGUUGACGAAGGACGAGACGGCAGCGCUGGUCGUGACCGGGGUAUGUAUCGUGACGAGCGACAGGGACUAG